AUGUUCAAACAGAGAAAUAAUUUAUCGCUUUGAUGGAUAUUACAGGGUGGAAAUUAUCACGUUUAAGACUUGCUCAGGAAUUGUAAAGGCAAUUGGAGUAGUAAUUUGUUUAACGGGAGCUAUGGUUAUUGCAUUUUACAAGGGCCCUCAUUUGAACUCAUUCAUCCAUCAUCAUCCAAUUCUCCAUGGAAGUAGUCAGAAUGAUUCUAAAAUUACUCACAAAAAAUGGAUAAUUGGUACUUUUCUCAUGGUGUUGGCUGCAUUUUGUUGGUCUUCAUGGCUAGUGUUAUUGGGAAUAAUAUUGAAGGAAUAUCCAUCAUGGAUUUGGUCCACUGUUCUUUUGAACCUCUUCAGUACAAUUCAAUGCUUUAUUGUUGCCAUUACAACCGAGAGGAAUUUGAACAAGUGGAAGCUACACUGGGAUGAAGAACUUCUUGGAGUAGUAUACGGUGGUGUGUUGGUGUCGGCACUUGUGUUAUACUUGCAAACUUGGUGCAUUCACAAAAGAGGCCCUGUUUUCGUGGCGAUGUUCUCCCCCUUGGCGCUUUUGAUCGCCGCUGCGGCCUCCUCCUUCCUCUUAGGAGAAGUCAUAAACCUUGGAAGUGUUCUAGGUGGAGCUUUCAUGGUUGUAGGCCUUUACUGUGUUCUAUGGGGGAAAAGUAGAGAAAGAAAGAACAUGAAUUCAAGUGUUGAGGAUGCAAAGGAUAGCAUCUCGAUCGAAAGUAGAGGUUGCAUAGUGAAGUAGGUGACUUUUUGUCAGCAUUUGUUAUGAAACAAGCCAAUAAGGUAACAUUCCUGUAUGUGGCGUCGUUAAAAAAUGAGGUAAAUUUAUGUGU